AUGGAUAGCCACUACAAGAUGAACAUGUUCUUGAUCAUAUCCAUCUACGGGUUCUUGAUGAUGUUCUUGCCACUCCAAAUUUCUUGUUCAACUGACACAAUCUCCACCAAUCAAUCUCUUUCGGGAGAUCAGACCCUUGUUUCUAGUGGUGGUGUCUUCGAACUCGGUCUCUUCUUACCAGGUAAUUCGCGUUCGCUCUACUUAGGCAUAUGGUACAACCGUACAAGAAUGUCUUUCCACGGACUUAUAAUCUGGUCUAGUGCCGGUUUUGAUUCUCCAAGCGGCGUAGAUGUUCAGAUGGUUCUGCUUGAUAACGGUAAUCUAGUCCUGAGAGAUGGGAAUAAUUCAAUCUUGUGGCAGAGUUUCGAUAAUCCCUCGGAUACUUGGCUUCCUGGUGCUAAAAUCCGGUUGGCCAACACAGACCUAGAGACAAGAGGCAUGUUUCUCACUUCUUGGAACGCCUUGGAUGAUCCAUCACUUGGUCGAUACUCUCUCAGGUUUGACCAUGACGGUAAAGAAAACUCUCUCGUCAUAUUUACGAAUGGAACUAAACCAUAUUGGUCCAGUGGGGCAUGGGACGAUCGGCUUAGAAUUUUCAGGCAAGUUAGAUUCAAUGGUAACUUGAGCUUCGAGUUCAACUUGAGUGAGUCCUACGUAACGUAUUCAGUACGUAACCAAAACCUAUUUCGUUUUGUUAUGGAUGUUUCGGGACAGUUAAUGGCCUACAGUUGGCUUGAGAAGCAAAAGAUUUGGGAGUCGUCAUGGUCUGCACCAGAGGAGUUAUGUAUGAUUUAUGGUUACUGUGGGUCGUUUGGAAUCUGUCAUGAUAACUCGUCUUGCACAUGUGCUCCUAGUUUCAGACGACCAUUACUCCAAGGCUCGAAUGACUCAUCUGCUGGUUGUAUAAGUGAAUUCAGUGUAGACGAGAAUCAAUGCGGCGAGAAAGACGACAAGUUUCUUCCUCUUGAGAACAUGAAACUAGCCAGUGAUCCGGAAGAAAGGGACCCGUAG